AUGAUAAACAGUAAAGCAGUAGUGGAACAGUGUCCAGAACGAUGCUUAUGCCACGAAGGAUUGAUUGACUGCCGUCGACAGUUAUUAUUUGCUGUACCUCGACAUUUACCGGCAAAUACUACUGUGUUAGAUCUGCGAAAUAAUCGACUGAUGAAGAUUUCCAGGAGUGACUUCAAGAAUUUGGCGAAAUUAGAACUUCUGUUGAUUUCAUGGAAUCAGAUUCAUACUUUUGAAGAGGGAACAUUGGACAGAAAUCUGAAGCUUAGGAAGUUAUUGCUGGCUGGAAAUCGUUUGAAAUCAAUUCCUAAGUUCAGUUCUCAUCAUCUCACCAAUCUACAACACAUCGAUUUAUCGAUUAACAAUAUUGGUUUCAUGGAGCAGCAACCAUUAUGGAAUGUGCCAAAUCUUCAGGUGUUGAAUUUGGCCGACAAUGUUAUUCAGACACUUUCACAGCAUUUUUUUGACUAUUCGAAGAAGCUCAAAACACUCAUUCUUAGUGAUAUACUUCGUCAGCGACAAUUCUCAUCACUAAGAAACGAAGAGCUUCAAUGCUUUGGAGUAAAACUGCUAGACAAUAAGCAGAAUGCGAAAUGUGAAGUCGACAGAGCACCAGUUACUUUCAUCUACAAAAGAGAAAGAGUGGUUGAUAAUAAUACGAAAGGAAUCAAAAUAUUAUCGAAUGGUAUAAUUUCGUUAGAUUCUGGUGUUUCAUUGAAGGAAUUGCAAUGCACUAUCGAUUACAACACAACUUUCAUAAGCAAAUCUCGUCUUCCACGUAAAAUUCUUGACGUUCAUUCUGCACCAAAAUUUACGCUGAAACCAAAAGAUCGUUCAUAUCGUGAAGGAACCACUGUUCGGCUUGACUGUGAGGUAACUGGUAAGCCUCGACCAUCUAUAACCUGGUAUUUUAAUGGCAGAAAGUUAAAGAGAUCUCGAAAGUAUGAAAUGAACCUUGAGCAGACCAGUUUGAACAUUUAUCCAUUUUUGGAAAGAGAUAUUGGAAAGUACACUUGCAUUGCGGAGAAUGCGUAUGGACGAAUUGAAACUUCAGCUGAAGCUCGUCUUGUUUCCAGUUCUCCACCCGUUAUUACAGAGAGUCCAGAAAAUCAAAAAGUAUCAUUGGGCUCAACUGUAACGUUCCGUUGUCGAGCUGACGGUGAACCUCGCCCAUUUAUUACAUGGUUUUUCAACGGUGGCGAAAUAUCCAUACUUAAAGGACAUUUUUACGUAUCAGAUGAUGAAAUGGAAUUGACCAUUUCGGGGGUUACAAAACAUGAUGAAGGUGUGUAUUCAUGCAUGGCCGGUAAUACAGUUGGUUCAAUGAUUGCUGACGCUCGUUUACUAAUCGAUCAGAAUCAAAUUCAAGAUGGUUCAAUAAAUGAUCAUUUCAUUCACAAUAUAUUCCAUCAAGCAUCUCAGAAUGUUGAUAGUGCUAUCGAACAAACACGUGAAAAAUUAUCAAAAAUAACUAAUCCACAUGAACUUUUACGAUGGUUUCAAUUUUCAUUUCCUCAAGCAAUAGAGCUUAGUCGUGCACGAGAAAUCUAUGAGGAAAGCAUACGUCUUAUCCAAAAACAUGUCGAGAAAGGUUUAACCUUAUCUCUUCAUGAACUUCCGUCGAAUGUUUCAAUUGAAUCUGUCCUUGCCAAAUCUCAUGUUGAUAUGCUAGUGCAACUAGCUGGUUGCUCGGGAGCACAAACUCGAGAUCCUUGUGAUGAUCACUGCUUCCAUUCACGUUACAGAACUUAUGAUGGACAAUGCAACAAUGAAAUUCACACAAUGUGGGGUGCAAGUCAAACGCGUUUUCGACGUUUAUUACCACCAAUAUACGAAAAUGGCUUCAAUACACCAGUUGGGUGGGAUCCGAACAAGUUAUAUUUUGGUUAUCGCAAGCCUAAUGCACGCAGCGUGUCCAGGAAGCUCCUUGGAACCAAACAUACUACUCCGCACAAAACUUAUUCAGCAAUGCUAAUGCAAUGGGGGCAAUUUAUUGAUCAUGAUUUGGACUUCACUGCAACAGCAAUUAGUCGCCAAGCAUUUGCUACGGGUGCUAUUUGUAAUCGGACCUGCCAGCACCUCAACCCGUGUUUCAACAUACCGCUGUCGUAUGAUGAUCCAAGAAUGCUUUCGAAUCCGCAAUAUCCCUGUAUUGAAUUUGAGCGUUCGAGUGCAAUAUGCGGUUCCGGUGAAACAUCACUUAUUUAUCGUCAUGUUACUUAUCGUGAACAAAUGAACACUAUUACAAGUUACAUUGACGCUUCGGGGAUAUACGGUAGCACAGAGGAAGAUGCGUAUGAUUUACGUAAUUUGAGUCCGGACCAAGGCUUACUGAGAUAUGAUAUGGUAUCAUCUGCAAAUAAGCCUUAUCUGCCUUUUGAACGUGAUUCACCAAUUGAUUGUCGACGAAACUGGACUUUGGAUUAUCCAAUACGAUGCUUUCUGGCUGGAGAUUUUAGAGCUAAUGAACAGCUGGGAUUAAUAACUAUGCAUACAAUUUUUAUGCGAGAACACAACAGAUUGGCAAUCGAAAUUGCCAGUUUAAAUCCUGAUCUGGACGGUGAAACAGUGUUUCACGAAACUCGAAAAAUUGUUGGCGCUGAAUUGCAGCAUAUUACAUUUCAUUAUUGGUUACCAAAAGUUCUUGGGAAAAAACAGUUUGACAAGCUAAUUGGCCCAUAUAGAGGAUAUCAACCAUUGCUAGAUGCUACUAUAUCAAACGCAUUUGCGACAGCAGCCUUUCGCUUUGGACAUACACUGGUCAAUCCGGUCCUUCACAGACUUGACGAAAAAUUAGCACCAAUUAGAGAAGGACAUAUACCCUUGAGAGAUGCAUUCUUUGCACCGGAAAUGCUAUUGUCAACGGGAAGUGUUGAUCCAUAUCUGCGUGGUUUAUUUGCUACACCAAUGAAAAAGCCAAUACCGAAUGAGUUGCUCAAUGAUGAACUCACUGAAAAUUUAUUCAACCAAGCACAUGAAGUUUCAUUGGAUUUGGCUGCGAUUAAUAUACAACGAGGUCGUGAUCACGCUCUUCCCGGGUACGUUGAAUUCCGAAGUUGGUGUAACCUAUCACCAGUGGAAAACUGGAAUGAUUUGAAGAACAUAAUGCCACGUGAUGUUAUUUAUAAGUUGAAAGAUUUAUAUGGUCAUCCAGGCAAUAUCGACUUGUUCGCUGGUGGUAUUGCGGAGGAACGACUCGAUGGAGCACUUAUUGGUCCAACAUUUUCAUGUAUCAUUGCUGAACAAUUUAGGCGCGUACGUGAUGGUGAUAGAUUUUGGUAUGAAAAAGAGGGUGUAUUCAACGAAGCUCAAAGGGAAGAGAUAAAAAAAGUAUCAUUGGGUCGAAUUAUUUGUGACAAUGCUGAUAACAUCAGUAAUAUACAGAAUGACGUUUUCGUGUUUGUCGGCAGAUAUCCUCAAUCCUACAAGUCUUGUGUAAAUAUCCCAAAACUGAAUUUAAGACCAUGGCAAUUUUGUUGUCAUCAUUCAUGUCCGAUAGGAAAUAACCGAUACAGACGAAUACAUAAGUUACGGCAAGUCACUUUUUUCUAA